GGGGCGCGUUCUCCUCGCCGCGGCCCCGCCCGCCGGCCCCGCCCCGCCCCGCCCGCCGCGGGGUCCCGCCGCUCCGGUGCCGCCCGGGCCUCGCCGCUCCCCGCGCCGCCGCUCCGCUGCCACCGGCGCUUCCCGGCUGCCGGCUGCCCGCGCCGGAGCGUGCGCAACAGGCGGGCGCCGGCGGAGCUCGGGGAGCGCUCGGUGAGCCAGCGGCCGCGGGCGGCGAGAGAGCGCCCGCCCGCCCGCCCGGGGCCGGGCAUGUGCGGCGGGGCGACGGGCAGGGCGCCCGGGCAAGGGCGUUUGAAGGAAACGUGAGGCGAGGCGGCGGCGGCGGCGGCAUGGAGGCGGCGCCGCGGCCGAGCCCCGAGCCGCGGGAGAAGCCGCCGGUGCUGGACGGGGAGGCGGCGGGGGCGCCCGCGGGGGCGGCGGGCGCGGCCCCGGCCUCGCCGGCGGCGGCGGAGCGGAUCGCGGCGGAGGGCGAGGCGGCGGCGGCGGCGGCGGCGGGCACGUUCGUGCAGCGGCAGCUCGGGGCGAUGCUGCAGCCCGCCGUGAACAAGUUCUCGCUGCGCAUGUUCGGCAGCCACCGGGCCGUGGAGAUCGAGCGGCAGCGGGUGAAGUCGGCGGGCGCCUGGAUUAUCCAUCCCUACAGCGACUUCAGGUUUUACUGGGACCUCAUCAUGCUGCUCCUGAUGGUGGGGAAUUUGAUCAUCCUGCCCGUGGGCAUCACCUUCUUCAAGGAUGAGAACACCCCUCCCUGGAUCGUUUUCAACGUGCUUUCAGACACUUUCUUCUUGGCUGACCUGGUGCUGAACUUCCGGACAGGCAUCGUGGUGGAGGACAACACGGAGAUCAUCCUUGACCCUCACACCAUCAAAAUGAAGUACCUGAAGAGCUGGUUCCUGGUCGACUUCAUCUCCUCCAUCCCCGUUGACUACAUUUUCCUCAUCGUUGACCUGGAGACCCAGGUGGACUCUGAUGUCUACAAGACGGCGCGGGCGCUGCGCAUCGUGCGCUUCACCAAGAUCCUGAGCCUGCUGCGCCUGCUGCGCCUCUCGCGCCUCAUCCGCUACAUCCACCAGUGGGAGGAGAUCUUCCACAUGACGUAUGACCUGGCCAGCGCCGUGGUGAGGAUCUUCAACCUCAUCGGGAUGAUGCUGCUGCUGUGCCACUGGGACGGCUGCCUGCAGUUCCUGGUGCCCAUGCUGCAGGACUUCCCUGAGGACUGCUGGGUCGCCAAGAACCACAUGGUGAAUGACUCGUGGGGCAAGCAGUACUCGCACGCCCUGUUCAAGGCCAUGAGCCACAUGCUGUGCAUCGGCUACGGGCAGCAGGCGCCCGAGGGCAUGACCGACGUGUGGCUCACCAUGCUCAGCAUGAUCGUGGGGGCCACCUGCUACGCCAUGUUCAUCGGCCACGCCACCGCCCUCAUCCAGUCCCUGGACUCGUCCCGGCGCCAGUACCAGGAGAAGUACAAGCAGGUGGAGCAGUACAUGUCGUUCCACAAGCUGCCCGGGGACACGCGCCAGCGCAUCCACGAGUACUACGAGCACCGCUACCAGGGCAAGAUGUUUGACGAGGAGAACAUCCUGGGGGAGCUCAGCGAGCCCCUCAAAGAGGAAAUCAUCAACUUCAACUGCCGCAACCUGGUGGCCAACAUGCCCCUGUUUGCCAACGCCGACCCCAACUUUGUGACAGCCAUGCUGACCAAGCUGCGCUUCGAGGUCUUCCAGCCCGGGGACUUCAUCAUCCGCGAGGGCACCGUGGGCAAAAAGAUGUACUUCAUCCAGCACGGCGUGGUCAGCAUCCUCACCAAGGGCAACAAGGAGACAAAGCUGUCUGACGGCUCCUACUUUGGGGAGAUCUGCCUCCUGACGCGGGGCAGGCGCACGGCCAGCGUGAGAGCCGACACCUACUGCCGCCUGUACUCGCUGUCCGUGGACAACUUCAACGAGGUGCUGGAGGAGUACCCCAUGAUGCGCAGGGCCUUCGAGACCGUGGCCAUGGACCGCCUGGACCGCAUCGGGAAGAAGAACUCCAUCCUGCUCCGCAAGCGAGCCGAGCACAGCUCGGGACCCCUGAACAACGAGAUGAUCCAGCAGAUCGUGAAGCACGACCAGGACAUGGCCCACAACAUCCAGGACCUGCAGCAGAUGGCGAUGGGGCGGGAGCUGAGCGGCAAGCCGGUGAUUUGGGAGCCGCUGGUGCACGCCCCGCUGCAGACAGCCGCCGCCACCACCAACGUGGCCAUCGCGCUGACCCACCAGCACAGCCUGCAGGCUCACAUCUUCCUGCCGCCCUCCUCCAUCUCCAGCCCGCUCUCUCCCGAAGCCACCCUGCUCGCCAAGCCCGUGCGCCGCUCCCAGCCCAGCCUGGGCGGCUCCCGGCCCUCCUCGGUGGGCUCUCCCUCGGGAGCUCCGUCCCACCUGCAGACGCCGGCCGCCGGUUCUCCUUCCUCGCCCAUGGUGCAGCCGCAGGAGAGCGGGGCGCAGAGACCCAGCGCGGGGGCGCAGCCGCUGCCCCGCGCGGCGCAGAGGGGGGAGAUGCCAGCGGGGCCCAAGCAGCCCCCGGGCGGCCCCCAGCCCCAGCUGUCGCGGUCCCGCGGCGCCUCGCUCUCCACCUCGCUGCUGCAGCAAGCGGCGGGCGCUGCGUCCCCCAGCUCCGAGCAGGCGCUGCCGCCGGGGAGAACGCUCCACUACAGCCUGUCCCGAGCCACCGGCUCGCACAUCUCGCUCCUGAUGCAGCCCCAGCAGCUGGUGAAGCACAGGAGCAUCCAGGGGCUGCCGGUGGGGCGGCUCACGCAGGAUGUCCGGCUCCUCUCUGCCUCCCAGCCCUCCCUCCCCAACAAAGUGGCCCAGCAAGCCGACGGCAGCUCCUUGAAGCAGGGCAGGAAAUCCGCAGGGAACCUGGCCCGCAGGUCCUCGCCCUCGGUGGCCGGACUGCUGGCCAAGCCGUGCGCGGGGAUGGGCGGCCAGCCCGCACACCCUCCGGCGGCGCUGGCUCAGCCCGCCCGCUCCGCGCCCGCGCCGCAGUCCCCGGGCUCCGCGACCCGGCCGCCGGCAGCUCCCUCCCGCAAGGGCUCCGUGGCCUUCAGCCCCGAGGUGGAAACGGCGAAGCCCAAACUGCCGUCCAACAUGUGAGUCCCUAGCAGCGGGCAGGAGCGAGCCGGGCAUGCCGGCGGCGCAGGCGGCGGGAGGAGCGGAGCGCCAGCCCCGCCGUGGCGGAGGGAAAGCGAGGGGAGAGGCACCGGCCGGGGCCGUGGAGGGGCUGUUUGAGGCACGGGGACACGGCAGGGAUGGGCACGGGCCAGCCCCAGAGCUGGAUGAGGAGGGGGCUCUGCUGGCUGCCCCAAGGGGGUCACCCUGCCCGGGCUCUGCCCCGCUUGCUCAUCGCCACCCGUGAGUUCUGCCCUCCUGCCGGAGGCACAGGACAGGUCAGAGCCCUCGCCCAAACCCUGGCCUCUCUGGGGAGCUCAGCUCCCCACAGCUGCCCCUCGGGGGCUGGGUCCCCCACGCGUGUCCCGCAGCCUGUCCUCACAGGCUGGCGCUGGCAGCUCCCCCAGCUCGUCCUGUGUCACAGCAGGGGCUGCCCGAUGCCCACCUCGAUCCCCAGACUGCUCUGCCCAGCCCCUUUGCCUUUAGGGUGAGGAGGCAGAGGCACACCCGGGUCCUCUGCCCGGGGGGAGGGAAGAGCCCGUGGCAGGGGGGGCCAGGGUCAGCACUGCCCCUUCCCAGAGUGCCAGGACCACCGGGGGGUCCUGGGCAGGGCUGCCCUGGUGCAACGAGUGCCAAGAGGCAGCGCUGGGGGGCAGAGGAGCAGCCCCCCAGUCCCUCUCCCCAGCUGGUGGGACCGUUUUGCCUCAGAGGUGCUGAGUGCCAGCGAGGUUGGGCUGUGCUGCUGGGCAGGGCUCUGCCCACACCCGGGCACGGUGGCUGCCCCUCCAGGGGCCCCAUGGGGCAGCCUGGGGGGAUUCUGCUGCCUGCAGCUCCAGGAGGAUGCUCAGGGGGUCUGUCCAAGGGGACUCCACUGUCUGUGGCUCCAGGAGGAUGCUCAGAGGGUCACUUCAAGGGGACCCCUCUGUGGCUCCAGGAUGAUGUCCAGAAGAUCAUUUGGAAUGACGCCUCUGUGGCUCCAGGAGGAUGCUCAGAGGGUCACCUGUAGGGACCCCACUGCCUGCAGCUGCAGGAGGAUGCUCAGGGGGUCAGUCCAAGGGGACCCCACUGUCUGUGGCCUCAGGAGGAUGCUCAGAGGGUCACCUGCAGGGACCCCACUGCCUGCAGCUCCAGGAGGAUGCUCAGAGAGUCAUUCCAAGGGGACCCUUCUGUGGCCCCAGGAUGAUGUCCAGAAGAUCAUUUGGGAUGACCCUUCUGUGGCCUCAGGAGGAUGCUCAGGGGUCACCUGCAGGGACCCCUCUGUGGCUGCAGGAGGAUGUUCAGGUCAUCUGGGAUGACCCUUCUGUGGCCUCAGGAGGAUGCUCAGAGGGUCACUUCAAGGGGAUCCCUCUGUGGCUCCAGGAUGAUGUCCAAAAAUCAUUUGGAUGACCCUUCUGUGGCUCCAGGAGGAUGCUCAGAGGGUCAGUCCGAGGGGACCCCCCUGCCCAUGGCUCCAGGAGGGUGCUCAGCCCGGGCUCUGCUCCCCUGCCCUGCGCUGCAGUCUCAUUUCCAGCUCUCCUGGAGAUGCCAGUCACCGGUGCCACAGGAACAAAAGGCUGCCACAACGAGAUGCCAAUCCCGGGCAGCGCCCGGGUGACCUGUGGUGCUGUGGGGUCACCCCCUGUCCAACACGAGCCCGGGGUCCCCCCAGAUGCCCCACGCCCCCUCUCCAGAGACAGUAGUGUGCAAUGUGUGUGCGAGUCGUGGCUCUGCCAAGCAGCCGAGCUCUGCUUCCAGUGUCGCUUCGGGCCAGCCGUGCUCAGUCCCGGUUAGAGUAGCGUCCCCUCCGUCCCCUCCGUGCCGCGCCAGCCGCUUCCCCCUCCCGGGGUCGGGAACCACGGCUUGUCCUCGAGCUCUGGGGCUGAGCGGGGCCCCUCCGGAGUCCCCAGCGCAGCGGGCGAGGUCUCGUUCCCCGCGGUCCUUCCCGCAGUGAGGUGUCCGGGAAACACGACCCUUCAGCGCCCCGUUCUCCACCCUCGUGUCUCGGGGCGUCGGGAGCAGCGCGGAGCUGCCCUGGGAGCACCAGCCCACCGGGAAUCCCCAGAGGGGAUGUCCUGCACUGCCUUUUCCCAUGGAUCUCACCCGCCCUGCCCUGCUCACCCCCUGUCCCGCUCCAUCCAUCCCCGGCUCGGUGUGUCCCCAUCGGGAGGGACCUGCAGGGAGCCGCGGUGUCCCACGUCCCCGGGCUGUGUUCCCACUGCGUGAUGUCGAUGUCUUAGCGGUCAUCCCAGCGCCCCGCAGAGCCUGCGGGCCGGCUCGGGCAGCACCGAGCUGCCGCUGCCCAGCCCCGUGUCGGGAGCCGGAGCCACCGAGCGCUCCCGUCCCCGGGGCCCGGUGCCCACCCCGGGCCCGGUGCCCACCCCGGGGGAGGCUGCAGGGGCCGGGGGUGCGAGUUUAGCCACCAAAGACCACGAUCCUCCACCCUUGCACUCGCGGCAGUCCAUGUACAGAGCUUGUAGUUUUCAUAUCGCAGAGAAUUUAAGAGCGUUUUUUUUUCCUUUUUUAUUUUUUGGUCCUUGUACAUAAUGGGUUUAAAUAAUAAAGAGAGAUUCUGAGCUGG